CUGGAUGGGUGAGUGAACUGCAGUAGACUCAACCGCUACUCUAUCUACACAAAAACAUCAGACCUGUGAACACUUGAAGAUAAGUAAACAGUGCCUCUUUCAGAACACUGGUGGCGUUCAUUCAUCACCAUGAAGGACAAUAUGUGCUCACAAACAUUGAUGGAACUCGAGCAGCAUGAAGUCGGAGCUGUGGCAUCAAAUCAGGUGGCAGAAGACGGUAAAAGUCCUCGAUUGCAGCAUCCUUAAACUUUGCUCUCAGUCCACUGUUGCUUUGAAGCUCUAUUAACUCCAUCUGAAGGUGAGGGGUGCACUGUUGACAUCGGCGGUCAAAGGAUUGGCAAAGAUGGCAAAGAAUGAUAGCUGUGUUUUUAAGUCAGAGAAGCGCCGAUCAAACUCAUUAAUUAACCGGCUUACUUUGGUAGCCAAAGGACUGGCAACUGAGGCUGAGGUGCUCUGACAAACAGGAAAGUGGGUAAGAUUGGACUGUUUCAUUUGGGACUUCCAAAAGGGAAGUUUACACUGGAAAGCUAUGAUCAUGUAGGACAUCUGCGUGAUGACUUGUUUGUUGGGCAAGAUGUCUCACAGCAAAAUCACACAGCCAGUUUGGAUCUGACAGUUCAGGCAAGGGUUUUCCUUUACUUUGCAUGAAAAGACCAAUUUCUUUCCUAAGCUCAAAAAAUCGUUUGAGGACUGCACUUCAGCUCAGCCACCUUACUUCUGUACGGUACUGCACGUCUCCAUGCUUCGAGUCCAUCUCCUGCAAAAACACCUGGAACUCGCAGUGAUUCAGGCCACGCGCCCGAAUGAAGUUCACUGUUUUCGUCACCGUGGUCAUUAUAUCAUUCAGCUCCAGAAACUUUCCACACAGAGCUUCUUGAUGGAUAAUGCAAUGAUAAGUUAUCAGAGGUGUGUGGCAGUUACUUUUUUUGCAUUUUGUCCUUCAUUAGUAAAACCAAGCCUGUUUAUUCUCCACACAUUGCAGGUGCACCAUCGGUAGUUAGCCCCGCCAACUUUUCCCACGGUAAUUUAUUUUUACUUACUUCUCCACCGCAUCAAAAAUGUCCCUUCCCGUUGUCGUCCCAUGCAUGCUACAUCCAAGAGCUCUUCAGUGACAGAUAAGUCCAGCUUCACGCCUCUUAUAAAAAUGGAUAGCAGUGCUGAAUCCAUAUUAUCUGUGCUUUCAUCAACAGCUAAUGAAAAAAAUAGAUAAUUGGGGGUCUCUUACAGUUCUGGCUGAAACCCCGAGUUCCAUCCCAUGCCUAGCGUCUCUGACGUCUUUGCGCCAAGGUAAACCAGGCCUGCAUUGCAGCCCUGGCCCCCUGGAAGGACCCCUGCUGGUACAAGCAGGGUGUGGUGGUGGGGAUAGUGUGCAGAAGAAAAGUCGCCUUCACAGAUGCUUCCAAGUCGGGUUGGGGAUCUCCUCUCUCAGGCAAACGGAACAACCUGGCACCCCCGGCCUGAACUGGGUUCUGCAUUUAUGGCCUCUCAAUGGAAGCCUUGUAGACCUCCCUGAGAAUGUCCAAAACACCAUUUCUCAAGCUAGAGCCCCAUCUACGAGAUGCCUCUAUGCCCUUAAAUGGUCAGUCUUCUCUGCCUGGUGCACAGCCCGCGGUGAAGACCCUUCUACAUGUGACAUAUCUCUGAUAUUGUCCUUCCUUCAGGAGUUAUUGGAUAAGGGUCACACACCCUCCACUCUUAAGGUCUAUGUCGCAGCCAUAGCAGCCUCUCACGAUCCUAUAGCCGGACAGUCAGUGGGCAAAAACAACCUUGUUGUUUAUUUUUUGAAGGGGUCUAGGAGGCUGAACCCACCUCUACCCUUCACUGUCCCUACCUGGGACCUGUCCACGGUUCUAAGAGGCCUUAAAGGCCCUCCGUUUGAACCACUUCAAUCCACUGACAUCCAUCCUUUAUCGCUCAAGACUGCUCUGCUAUUAGCAUUAGCAUCAGUCAAACGAGUGGGAGACUUACAGGCUCUCUCUGUGAGCCCCUCUUGUCUUGAGUUCGGGCCCAACGACUCCAAAGUCAUCCUGAAACCAAGACAUGGUUAUGUUCCUAAGGUUCUCUCCACUCCGAUCAGAGCUCAGGUAGUUACUCUCUCCGCACUUCCUCCUUCUCAGGAUGAUCAGGAGCUGUCAGAGACCUAAGAACCUACAUUGACCGUUCCGCCUCAUUCAGACAGUCUGAGCAGCUCUUUGUAUGCUUCGGAGGCCGCAGCAAAGGGCUCCCGGUCACGAAGCCAAGGCUAUCCAGAUGGAUAGUUGACACGAUAGCACUCGCUUAUUCAUCCUUGGGACUACAAUGUCCUAUCGGGAUUAGAGCACACUACACGAGAGGCAUGGCCUCUUCUCGGAGCUGGUCCAGUGAAGUAUCCGUUGCAGAGAUUUGUGCGGUGGUCGGCUGUCGCCGUCCACUUUCGUCAGGUUUUAUAACCUAGACGUUAUAAGCCUUCUUAACAAGUGAGGAGCAGUAGAAUGUUCUCAUUAGUCAGUUGUCAUAAUAUUUCACUAUAAGUGAGGACAUUCGGCCCUCACAAUUAUAGCCUAACCUGCACACGCACUCACUCACACACACACAGGUUUGUUUUUGUGAAUUGUGGGGACAUUCCAUAGACAUUCCUAUACCAAACCUACACCUAAAC